AUGGCCUCCAUGCAUGCCUACGCACAUAACUCCUCCUCCGACUCUGAUGCAGAAGAUGACGACGAUUUCCUUCACCCAUCCACCGACCCCCGCGCCGACGAAUUCGCAGACUACAACCCUCGAAAACGACGGCGCACCGGCCGCGACGCGAAGGAGAGUGCGGCGCUUGGUGUUUUUGGGUCGGAGAGUGAGGAUGAAGGGGGACAUGGGAAGCGGUGGAAAGGGAAGAGGUUGAGGGGGAGGGGGGUGGCAUUUGUUUCGACGGGGCAAAAAAAGAUCAUUGAUGAGGACGACGAGGAAGACGUUGAUGAAGAGGGAGAAGGCGAAGAACAAGAGGGGUCGGCAAACGAAGAUGUGGAUAUCGAUACGGAUGAUGCGCGAGAGGACGAGCGUUCUGCGCCUCGAGGACUGGGGUUUGCAGCGCCGAAGCAGAAGGGAUUGGGUUUCAGCAGUCCAGCGACGAAGAAAAUGACGUUUGCGCCUGCGGAGAGCAGUACGCCUUUGGGACGGGGUUUCGUACCGUCUUCUGCUGCGGUACCGAUACUGCAGAAUGUCGAGGAUGAGGUAUUGACGCCGAGGAUUGCAAGGCCGAGUGCCUUUUCAACGCCGGUGGGUAGCGGUAGAGGAGCGGGGAAGAAGCAGGCCGCGCCGGGGGUCAACGCUGGGUCCUUUGCCGCAAGGAUGAUGGCGAAGAUGGGGUACAAAGAGGGCGAAGGUCUAGGAAAGGAGGGCCAGGGACGAAGUGGGGUUAUUGAGGUUACGCUACGCCCGCAGGGUGUUGGGUUGGGUGCUGUAAAGGAAAAGUCAAAGCAGGAGAUUGAGGAGGAGAAGCGGCAGGCUAAAUUGAAGGGGGAGAAGUAUGAGGAUUCGGACGAGGAGAGAAAAAAACGCAGGAAGAAGCCGAAGGGUGUAUUUGAAAGUGGUGGUGGGAGUGGAAUAAGUACUCCUCGAAGAGCUCCAAAGCCGAAAUUCCGCACUUUGGAAGAAGUGCAGAGAGCUGCGCCAGGUCUGGAAAUUCCGGAAGCUUUUGCUCCUAUCCUGGACAUGACUGCGCCUGGUCAACGGCUACUCACAUCGACCUCUGGACUUCUAACACCUACCGCUGGAGGAGUUUCAUUUGAGACUGUCGAGCAAACGGAAUCGAAGAAAUUGGCGCGACGAGCACAAAACGAUCUCUCUGCUUACGUCGAAGAGUGGAAGAAUCUAGAGGAGCGGAAAGCUUAUGUGGAGAUGACCAUCGUUCAACAGCAACAGGAGCUCGACGAGGAACAACGUGAAUACGAAAGCAUGAGGUCUUUCGCGGAUACAGUGGCAUCCAUUUCGCAAGCUGUGAAGGAUCUAGAAUGGGAUCCUGUAAUCGAAGCAUUGAUAGCUGCGGAUACUUUAGCUGAACCAGGAUCCUCAAAAGCCAGUGAGGAACUAUCGGAUAUCGCUGUUGCCGCUGUGCAUCCUUUUCUCCGACAAGCAGUAGAAGGCUGGCAACCGCUGGAAAACCCAAAGCUGGAUGGCAAAGCUCUCCAGCUGUUCAAAACACGACAUAUUCUUGGAGCCACCUCCUAUAAUGGAAAAACAUUCACAAACCAGAACUAUGUGAGAAAUAACGGUUCGCACCGGAUUCAUUCGAAGUCUACUACGGCGUACGAAAGUAUGAUUUACAAGAUCAUAUUCCCGAAGAUUGUUUCCGCAAUAAACCAGACCUGGGACGUCCACGAUCCAACGCCUCUACUGACACUUUUCGAUGUCUGGAAAGACUUGUUACCAUCUUUUAUUCGAUCCCAAAUCUUGGACCAAGCUGUGCUCGGCAAGCUCAACGGAGCAGUCUCGUCCUGGAAUCCGAAGAAGAGGCGGACUAAGGAACUGCCGCAUUUAUGGCUGUUUCCAUGGCUUCAGUAUCUACCCGCGCAUCAUGUCGACCCGAAAAGCUCGACUGGCCUGGUCAGCGAUAUCAAACGCAAAUUCCGUCAACUGAUCGAUAACUGGGAUUUCCGGAAAGGAGUUGUGCCAGGGCUGGAACAAUGGUUCACUGUGCUUUGCCCGAAUCCCAAUAACGACCACUGGACACCUUUGAUUAUGAACCAUGUCCUCCCAAUUAUGAGCAGAUUCCUAAAAACCCCGGAAUAUUUCAUGGUCGAUCCCAACGAUCAGUCGCCGUAUAUGAAGACCCUAGAAGGCAUCCUAGCAUGGCAAGACAUUCUCAAGCCCCGCGUAUUGGCACAAGUCCUCAUCGACACCGUCUUUCCUAUGUGGCACGAUAUACUGCAUCAAUGGCUCACAGUCGUGGGUCCCAACCAAGAAAUCGGCCAAUGGUUCGAAUGGUGGCGCGAUGCCGUCUUCCCAGACGGGAUCAAAGCCAUCCCCGCAAUUCAAGCUGAAUUCGAAAAAGGCCACAACAUGAUCAAUCACGCCCUCGACCUCGGCUCCGCCGCCGCAACUCAACUCCCCGCCCCUUCGAAACCCACCCGCAUCUCCACUUCCCCGCCCUUACCACACGUCCCCGCCAAGAAACCCGCCCCCGCGGUGGAAGAAGUCACAUUCAGACACCAGGUUGAGGACUGGUGCAUCGAGAACGAUCUGCAGCUCCUGCCUGAGAAGAAGGUGCUGCACAGCGCGGGCCCGCUGUACCGGAUCACGGCCGCGGGCAAUGGGAAGAACGGAACGCUGGCGUAUUUCAAGGGCGAUAGCUUGGUUGCCAUUUCGCGCAAAGGGAGCGAGCAGGUCGAGCUAAGGAUUGAUUGGGAGAGUGAGGGGGCGAGGGAUACGUUGCUAGGAAUGGCGUGGUUGAAUGUGAAAUGA